AAAAAAGAAGAGUUAUAUUUUUACAUCAAUUUGUCAGCUGUCAAUAUAGUCAUUUUUGUAAAUAUAAAUAAUAAUAAUAGAAUAGAGCUGGUAAAUAGAAUGGCUAAUCGAAAAAAGAGUGCCAGCUCGACCGAAUCUAGUUCAGGUACAUCAUCAUCAAAUUCUUCGAGUUCAAGCUCUUCAUCUAGUGGCUCAGAGUCAUCAUCAUCGAGUGAAUCCGAUAGUUCAACUUCUCAAGAUUCAAGUAAACCCCAAUCAGACGCCGAGGCUAAUAAUAAAAAACCGACACCAAUACAAAAACAUGUUAGAAAAAGUACGGAAACAAAAACUCCUGCCAGCAAAACUUCAGAAUCGAAACCCGCACCAAAAAAAGCUGCGACUGCAAAAACAAAUAAAACAGUAUCGAAAGUAUAUUCAACAGAUGAAGAUGAUGAUAUUAAAAAACAGCCUCCAAAGAGAAAAAGUAAUGUAAAACCAAAAAGCAGUGCUACAAUUACUCCAAAAUCAACUUCUCCUUCAAAACCUUCAGGGAAAGUAACAGUAAAAGCAACUGCAGCUAAAACUAAACCAGAACAGAAGCAAGUGCCAAUUAGAGGUAAGGAGCCUCCUAAAAUAAGAGCUCAAAAAGUCGCCGCCAAGAAUAAUAACAGCGAUGUUAACAAGAAAAAAAGCAUAUUUUCACCCGAAAAUAGUUCUGAAUCUGAUUCUACAAAAGAAAAACCUCCCAAGGAUGUCCACCAAAUAAAAGUCAAACCCGAACCAAGAGCUAAAGCUAGAACAGUAGAAAAAAUAAGAAAUGAAAAAAAAGAAGAAAAACCAAAAUCCAAAGAAACUAUUGAUUCAUCAGCAAGUUCGGCAUCUACAGCAUCACAUUCCAGUAGUAGUUCAGAAAGUGAAAGUAGCGCCGAAUCGGAAACAGCAAAUGCUAGAAAAAUAGUCAAGAAACCCGUAAAAAAACCUUCAGUAGUUCACAAAGAGACUGCGAAUACUGAUUCAGAAAACGACGCCACCCUAAAAAGUAGAACCCCUAGAAAACUCACCAGAUCAGCAAGUAUAAGAAAAUCCAAACACGCCGGAAAGAAUGUUUAUUCAGACACCGACUCCGAUACAGAAAGUACUAAAAGAUCUUUAUCUAGAUCGCCAGUGAAAAAAGCGCCAGCAGUUGGAAAAGGGAAAACUAAAAAGAAAAAUGAAGGAAAACACAAAAACAGCGAAUCGCCAGUAGAAGAAGAACGAAUGUGUCCCCUGGAAGGUUGUGACGGCUUUGGACAUUUAAGUGGAAAAUAUGAAAAACAUUUCACGUUAGAAGCUUGUCCAAAGUAUCACAAUUUAACACCAGAAAAAUGUAAAGAGAGGCUUGAGGAGAGAAAGAAACGGGAAGAAUCUAGAAAGAAAGCUUUAGAAUUUCAUAAAAAAACACCGAGACCACACGCUAGCUCAGAACAAAGACAGUAUUUACAGAAAAUAAGAGAUAUAAGAGCAAAAUUUAAACUUGAAUCUACUGAAGAUAUUAAACCGUGUGUAGACAAAACUAAAGAACCCGAUUUGACGAACUUUGUGCCCGAAUAUGAUUUGAAAUUGUUCCAAGACGCACAGGCUAUAGCCAGUGAUAUGAUCGAGGAUGAUUUGAAGAACCUUCCAAGUUCUAAAGGUACCAAAUAUAUAGAAAUGGGAAAAUUCGAAAUGGAAGUUUGGUAUCAAAGCCCGUACCCCGAGGAUUACGCUCGCCUUCCAAAACUCUACAUUUGCGAAUUCUGUUUACGAUAUAUGAAAUCGUAUACCAUCCUCCACCGUCAUAUAGUUAAAUGCGUAUGGCGACAUCCUCCGGGAGAAGAAGUUUAUCGAAAAGAUAAAAUAUCAGUGUGGGAAGUCGACGGGAAAAGAUACAAACAAUAUUGUCAAAAUUUGUGCCUUCUUGCUAAAUUCUUUUUGGAUCACAAGACAUUAUACUACGAUGUGGAACCUUUUUUAUUCUACGUAAUGACUAUGACCGAUAACGAAGGGUGUCAUACAGUUGGAUAUUUCAGUAAGGAAAAAAAUUCGUUUUUGAAUUACAACGUAUCCUGCAUCCUCACGUUACCUCCUUAUCAAAGACAGGGCUACGGACGUCUGCUCAUAGAUUUCAGUUAUCUUUUAACAAGGGUCGAGGGUAAAAUAGGUUCUCCUGAGAAACCUCUCAGCGAUUUGGGUCUGAUAUCUUAUAGAUCCUACUGGAAGGAUGUUCUUUUGGGGUAUUUGUGUUCCAGAGCCGGAACGACUCUUUCCGUUAAGGACAUUAGUCAAGAAAUGGCGAUUCAUUCGUACGAUAUAGUUUCCACGUUACAGGCUUUAGGUAUGAUGAAAUAUUGGAAGGGUAAGCAUAUUAUCCUUAAUAAAAAGGACGUUUUGGAGGAGUAUAUGGAAAGGGUGAAUAAAAGAGGAUCUUUGCUGAAGGAAGUUGAUCCUGAAUGUUUGAGGUGGACGCCGCCACAACCUGCGUCCGUGUGAUUUAUAAUUAAAAAAAAUUGUAGGACAAAAAAUGAUAUAAAUGAGUUUUUUUUUUCGAAAA